UGUCAGAUAAAUCGUCGCAACAGUCUAUUUACAAAAAAAAAUCUUUGCUACUUGUUUAACUUUGUAGUUUGUAAACUGUAUACGCGUAAUGCAUUUGAAUUUUAAUUAAGAGGUGUUUCAUAAAAAUAAAAAAAAACAUUUAUUGAGUCAGUUAUGCUUGUUCUUGGUAAAUAAGCCUAAUGUACGCCCAAUGAAACCUUUCAAUGGCCAGUGACAACGACAAAACUUCUGUUACUCAUAACUUGGAUGGGUCUUUGAAAAGUAACAAGAAACAAGGCACUGCAGCUGUAUUAAAAGGUGAAGGAGAAAAAAUUGUGUUGCCACAAAUUGGCAAAGGAGGGCGCCAUUUAUCAAUUCCAUUCGACUCUUCAACAACAAAUGGUGAACUAACCAAAAAACAAAAUGGUACAGCGGUUCGAACAAAUAGCUUGGGUUCCGGUGCGCGCACGCCACCCGCGGAGCGCACCAAGUCCAAAUUCUCAGCAUUCGGUAGACUUUUUAAGCCAUGGAAGUGGAAACGGAAAAAGAAAUCGGAGAAAUUCGAAGCAGCCUCUAGAACUUUAGAAAGGAAGAUAUCCGUCCGAGCCAAUAGAGAAGAGUUAGUCCAAAAAGGAAUUCUUCUACCAGAAAGUCCAGUCACGCCCGUACCCGAAGGCGAUGAAGAAGAAUACACAGAUAACAGAGCCAGCGAGAAGGGGCCGACGAUAACAAGCAUGCACGCCGCUCUGCAAGCACAACUCGCGUCGCACGUCGCACAGCAGCAAGCGGCUUUAGCAGCAGCUGUUGCAGCAGCGGCUGCACACCACCACCAUCAGAAUAAUAAUGUCAUAGAACCAAAGAAAGACAAAUUGGAGAAUGGAGGUGAGCUAGUGAGACCUGAGAGGCCGAACUCGCUGUCGGCCGGCAAGCUUCCGAGGCGGAUAUGUUAUCAAGGAGACGGGGGUGGGUAUGGUGGUGGAAGCGAUGGAACGGACGGCAGUUCCGAGGAGCAACUUAUGCUUUCGGAAUUGCCGGAGCCGCCCAUUGCGCUAUCCGAGAUAGGACCUAUUCCGCCUCCGCCCAUGUUCAGCUCGCCAAGCCCAACACGGCAUCAUCACCAGCAUCCUUUGCCGCAUCCUUUAUCUGAUUCUGAAGAUGAAGAUGACCAAGACGAUGAUGACGUGGAAACUCCAAUAGACAUGUCCCGAAUUGAGGAAAUCCCACCGAAGGAGCCAAUUUUCAACGCGGUUCCACUCAAAUCGGCUCUUAAGAAGCGACCAGCCCCUAACGCGUCACCCAAUCCCACGCCCAUCACAACGCCGCUAGCACCGAGACAGGAUCACCAUCACGCCACAUUCAAACGGCCGCCGCCGAAAACAAGGAUCCGCAUAUGCACAAACAGUCGGCCGAUACGCGUAGUGAACACUCUAGAAAAUAAGGAGAACGCCCGGCCUGUCCAAUGGGAAGGUGAACAUCGCGAUGAUUAUUCCAGCGAUACGGAACGCGUCGCUGCGAAGCUCGCGAGGAAGGAAAGCCUUAAUAUCAAGUUGGCUUUGCGUCCCGAUCGACAGGAACUCAUUAACAGAAACAUAUUGGUGGUGCAGAGUGAACACGAGCGUCAGGAAUCGUGGGAAGCGAUAGGUGCUCGGCUGAUUCGACGACUGUCCAUGCGGCCCACUGCUGAAGAACUGGUCGAAAGGAACAUCCUUAAAAGCCAAUCGCCAGCCGAAGAGAAGAAACAGAAGGAAGAGAAGAAAAGAUAUCUUCUACGUAAGCUCAGUUUUCGUCCUACGGUUGAUGAGCUUAAGGAGAAGAAAAUUAUUCGAUUCAGCGACUACAUUGAAGUCACUCAAGCGCACGACUACGACCGUCGCGCGGACAAGCCGUGGACGCGGCUGACUCCCCGCGACAAAGCCGCCAUCCGCAGGGAGCUCAACGAGUUUAAGAGUUCGGAGAUGGCCGUGCACGAGGAGAGCAAACAUCUCACUAGGUUCCAUAGACCAUGACGGCUGUCCCUUACCUGUGCGACGAGAGGCGACGCGAGUCGCGGUUAACACUUACCUGUGAUUCUAAUGUAUUUAUAUUGACUUCCCUCGGGAAAGUUCGCAAUAAUUACUCCACGGCGGUAAAGUGUUGAUAAUUCUAAAUCGUUUCUGCGUCGUGUGCGAGUUCUUUGAUCUAUUGUCACGGAUUACGACAUAAUUUUAAUUGCGAUCAGUUUUACGCCAGGCACUUCUGUUAUCUGUGCCUAUAGUUACAGUACAAUUUAUUUUAAUUUUUUUUUAGUUGGCAUAUAAGUACCUAUACAUUCUUCGACCUUCGCGCAAGGUUAGUGAUACUGUUGAGAGAUUGAGUUUUUGAAGCUCGCGAUGUGGGUGUGGUCCAUCGAAUGAAAUGUGAUUUUUCGUUUAGCCAUAGUUUAGCUAGUUUUAUUGGUCACAAUUUUGUUAUUUUGCCACGGUUUGUUCGCCAUACUGCCGCGAUCCCUCGAGUGUGGCUGGUUUAAUUAUUCUGACUCAAUUGUAUAUUUCUAUGAUAAUAAAAUUGUAGGUCCCUCAAAAUUAAUAUACUUUAAUUGCAUUAUAAUUGCAAUAAUGUUUUCUCGUGUGUAUCGUUUUGCUCAAUGCUGGAAUUGCGGAAUAAUUAACGAGCGAACUAUGAGACGAACAUACUACUUCUCAAACUUUGCGUUUAGAAAUUAAGUAAUGUAGUAUUGUCUUUUACAUAACUUUUACACGUUUAAAGAAAAACACUUUUUUAACGGAUAGAAGUUAUGUAUUAUUGUAAACUUAUAAUUAUUUAAACAUAAUUU